UUAAUAGAAAAUUUCGGACAUGGUCGUUUUCAGCCUGUGUCUAUCUUUCAUACGUAGUUGAAAUUAGCAGAAAAUAUAUCGACAGUGAAUUAGUGUGUUAGACAAGUGAGGAACAAUAAAGAAUUUCAUUCAAUGGACAUAAAAUAAAAGACGUAUUGCAAAAACUCUUUCGAUUUCGAGAAUACAGAUUUCAUUUUAUUAUUUUGUGUUGUGUUUGAUUCUUUCAACGAAUUUUGGUUAGGUUAAAUCUGACUUUUAUUUUGUUCCAUUUCGAAUUACAACUAUUGGUUUUCAGUUUUGCGGUCGACAAUUUGAUUGUGAUUGAAAAGUGAGAGAGAAGAAAAAAGACAAAAUCACCGAAGUACUGCACAUAUUUUCCAUUACGAAAGAGUCAAAAUAUACGAUCGAACAACAAAAAAUAAAUAAGAAUUGAGAAAAAGAAUCAAAUUGAUUGUACAGUGUGAAAAGUGUGUAGAAAAGUUAACAAGCGAAUCUCAAAUAUAAGGGGAGAGAGCAGAAAAGUAGCAUACAACUACGAAAUGGCGUCAAUGGGGACAUGCCAACAAUGAUAUUUUGUCGUGUUUAAAGAGCCCAAAAGUGGCCACCAUACGCAUUUUGUUCACGAAAAAAUAAAUCAUAUAUUCAAAUUGUAUUUGGAUGGAGGCUAUUUGUGUACGUCGUAAAAAGGACUGUAUUGCAUUUUAGGAACACACGGCUGUGCUUUUGUAUUGUAAGAUACCAUCAGCGAAACAGAAAAAAAAAACCAUUUCCAUCUGACUGCUUGAUUGACAUGAAUAUGGUGAAUACAGGCAAAAGUUUGCUGCUGUCAGAUGCUUUCUGACGACUUUGUUUAAACACGCAAUAACAUAGACAGUUUUUCAUUUCGGUUCGAAGUUUAUAAUAAUCAAUCAAUAAAGAGCCAGCGUUCAAUCUGGAGCAAUACUCGUUUACUCCAUAAUUGAACUGAAGUUUUAAUAGUUUUAGAUAGGAUAAUAUUGUCUUAUUGGAUUUCAUAUUUAUUUGAUCGUGAUACGCAUACGGGAGACAGUGUGAUUAAAAUACAUUAAAAUCAACUCUUGUUAUCAGAGACCUCAGAGACUUUGAACGCCCAUACGAAACAAGUGCACGGUUGCCAUUGGCAAGCAGAUUUUUUGUUGUAUUGUCGUUUUGUUUAACAAAUCAUUCGUGCACUUUCUCAAUGUCGUCGGUUAAGCGAUCAAGCUUGGCUUCUUCAGAACUCGGUCAAUUGAAAUCUCCUGACAAAUGGGAAACAACAUCGUCAAAGACAUCCAAUGCAUCGGCAACCAACACAAACGACACUACAUGCGACACAAUGUCAUCAUCAACGGCGACCAAGACUCAACAGCAACAGCAAUCACGAGAUGCACCGAAAGCGGGCAAUUCAACACAGCAAGUCACAAAGAAUUUAGAUUUGGAUGACUAUGAAUUAAAGAACCUACUGGAUGAAGCAUAUUCUUACAAAGGACCAAAAGAUAAAGAAAACAAAAGUGAAAUAUUCAAGGAGCUACUACAUAAAGUUGAAAUCGAAGAUCAACAGAAAAACACAUUUUUUACGACGCGCCAGUUUCGUGGAAAUAGCCGUCGACACCAUACUGGUGGCUCGUUACAGGAUCUAGUCGAUAGUGCUAACAAUGAACAGUUAUUAGAUAGUGAUUACAUGUUGGGACCGCAAUCGCGUCGUCAUCAGCAAAAUUCACGAUACACCAAAAAUUUGUCAUCCGUAUCGUCACGGCAACGCGAAGGUGGCAGUUUACCAAAUAAUGUAAAUUCGUCGAGCACCUACUCGCUAUCGACGUUUCCACUCUCCAAAUAUUCAAAAGGUAAUGCAAAAAAUUGCGCCAAAAAUAAGCUGGAAUCGCACGACUAUGAACGACACCCACUCAGCAAUCAUCAUCGACCUGCAUUUAUUGGCGAAAGUGUGAGCUAUUGCGAAGAAAGUCAACCAUCAAUAGCAUCUACAUCUGCGUCUGUAAUAAAUGCAAACGAUAAAAAUCACACCAUAAUUAAUAUUGAUGAUCCAGAAGAGACCAGACACUUGUUAGCACAUGAUUCUUUAGCUCAGGAUACAUCUGAAGUACAUAGAGAGGAUGGUACCGAACUAUUACAAUUGAAAAAACAUCGUCAGGCAACAAUGAACUAUUUAUCCAAUGUAAAAGACCUCGGCGAAGCGUCACGGCAAAAUUGUUCCGUUGAUACACCGAUCCAUUUCUUGAAAUAUUCAUCUCCAACAAUCAGUGAGGCAUCAUUGAGUGGCAAGGUGUACACAAAAAGUUCAAUUGAUCCGAAAUAUGCACCCACUAGACACGUCCCAUUGAAUCCACCACAGGUGAACACAAAUAAGCUAGAUGAAAAUGGUAAUGCGAUUCUAGCAAAACCAACCACAACUAUACCACUGCUAGCAAAUCCUCCAACUCAAAAACUGAAACCAAAGCGCAGCAAUAAAGCGGAUCGUAAUACAACGACUUGGACUGUGCCAACAGGUAUCGACUACAAUAUUGAUUCGAUUGUGGCUUUUAUUGAAAAUACGGACACAACAAAAAAGACCAACAACAAUCUCAGCGCGACAGAGCGUACGAAUCGAAAGGAAAAGAAGAACAUAGAUAAUAAAAAGAAAGAAGUAAAUCGACUGAAAAAGAGCACAUCAAUGGAAGAGCUAAAAAGUAGUAGCAAGAUUGAAGAGGAGAUUGCUCAAUCGGAACGUGCUCAGGUUUCAUUGCGACAAAAGCAAAUGCAAAAUGCACAAAAACGAAAUACAACAACAUCAACCGAUAAUUCAAAGCAAUCGAACAAUAAACGUGGCGAACGUCGUUCAUGGGGCACUGAAGAGCUCCACGAUUUCGAAACGUCAGACGAACGUGAAACAAAGAAACACAAAGAAACCAAACCAAAUACGAAAAACAAUCGAAAAACCGAACAUAUUGUAUCGACCAAUGCGUCUAUUGAGUCGAUACCAACGAACGUUGAAGCAGCCGAAUUUCAUGUGGUGACCAAAAAGAAGAAAACGAAAAAGCGUCAAAUCAUUGAAGAGGCCAAAGCAAAACAACAAAUGAGCCAACGUGAUCAAACCCAAUUGCAUGGUCGCCAAUCAAACAAUAACACAUCGAACAGCUCACAAAAAUAUCAACCGAGCAGCACCUACACAAAUGAUCGUGAUAUCUAUGUGAAUUCGCUAAUGACCAAGGAAAAUCGUCGCAAAUCCACAUCGUCAGUGCCACCAUCCGAUAAAUCCGAUUCAAGUGAUCUCGAUUCGGUUCAUUCGUUACCAAUUGAAUCGACCACCGGCUGUACAUCAUCAAUCAUAUCGUAUGCAGAAAUGGCACGCAAAGCAAAUCAACAGCCCGACAAAUUGUCGAAUGUGAAUGCAUGGCCAUCGGUUUCACAAAACGGAAAGAAUAGCGAAUCACCGGAAAAUUCGAAUACCAGCACAAGCAGCAGUAUAGUUAGUUCAAAGAGUCAAGCAUCCAAUCGAUCACAUGACACAAUAAAAGCAUCUUCGUCAAACGAAGAGAAAUCGCCUUCGAAUUCCGACGAUUCAAGAACGAUGGACACACCAAAACUUGGCGAGUAUGUGAAGAAUCAAUUGCAAAAAUCAAAAAGUUGCGACAAUGAAAAGUACACGACAAACAUGAGCAUGGAUCAAUUUCCGGGAUUGGAAAAAACAGUCAAACCGCAAAAGUCACAGCCAAAUUUUGCAUCAGUACUCACAUCACCGCCACCAUCAUUGUCCGUACCGCCGUUAUCGCUACCAUCACAACCAUCCACAUCAACCGCAGCCACUGUUGUAGUAGCCUCACCACCACCGCUACCACCAAUAACACCCGUGACGAUGGUGUGCAUUUCGACAAUGACAACCAAUGAAAAAGUGGCCAAGCCACCGAUCACAAAGAAAUCUUCGCAAUCGACCGCCGAAACAAAUGCUCCAAAGGAGCAUACAAAUAAAUUGCAAAAACCCAUUGAAGAAAAGACCGAUAAUACUAAUAAACAUGUAGUGGAUGCAUUCAGCUCCAAACUACAGUUUGUCCAAAACAGUGCAAAGGCUGAGGAGAUCGCUAAUAGUGACUCAAGCAAUUUAUUUGCUCCGAUCAAUAUUAAGAAAGCCAAAAAGACACAUCAACAACCAGUCAACACCCAGCCACAGCGUACGUCGCGUCAAAAUGCUGUCGUUUUCAGUCAACAUCAAAUGAGUAAUGAAAUUAUGAGCCCGUUACUAUUUGGUGACUUCAAUGAUGACAUUCUGCAGCUGAUGAAGCAAGAGGUUGAAAAUCAUGUGGUUGAUGGGGCAGCAAAUGGUCCAACAUCGAUCAUCGAUACGUCCGCCACCAAUUGUUUGACAGCAUUUGAAAGUGCCGAUAAUUAUGCAACGAACGAUUGCAAUCAACCAAAACCAAAUAUUCAUACACCGAUGAUGUCUUCACAAUCCGAUCCAGGAUACGCUUCCGCAAACAAACCGCGCACCAUUGUUCCGACUGAAUCUCAUGAGAUGAUUAAUAAUCAUCAAGUUUUCGGCGAAAAUCACGUUGGAAAUAGCACAAUCACAGAGCUAUCGAAUAGAAAGAGCAACGUAACAAAGAAAACAAGUUUAAACAAAAUUAAUGUCAAUAAUAAAAUCAGUGAUGUAGUUAGCAACCAAUCAUUAAAUAAUAACAAUAAUAUGAUUAACAAUAAUAUUAGUUUAGGCGACACAACAACAGCCAAAGCUGUUGGUGUCACGCAAUCGAUUUGUGAUUCAGAUAGUUUGAAUAACAACAUAAAUUUGCAAAUGAACGACAAAAAUCGGCAUAGUGUCGAUGUUGAUGUUAUAAAAGCGCAACACAAUGAUGUCGCUGCCAACACUAAAUCGUUGAACGCCCAAAAUAAUGUACAUAACACAGUUUCAAAAACUACCAACAAUCAACCGACUGCAAACUACCAACAAAAGGGUAUCAUUACCUAUGAUAAUGUUAAUAAUCAAAUGAUAGAUACCAUUGCGAAUGCAGGACCGAAAGUGGUAUCAUCGUCAAAUAAACUGUCAUCAAUGGAGAAUGAGAUUGUUCCCGUAAACUCUCAUCCUGCCAAUGUUUCUCACAAAGGCGCUAACCAUGUUGAGGCCCGAGGAGCGUUCGUCCCACACAAUCAUAAUCACAACGACAUCGUUCACUUCGUUGGCUCAGCUUGGGAGGAAGUGAAAUGUGGCCGUGCCCACUAUUUCGGCGGACAAUAAUAUCGAUUUUAGUGAAUCAUUGAAUUCACGACAAUGCAUCGCAGCGCGAAUGAUAUACACAUCCUACAUACCAAGUCAACGUCAUCAAAAUCAUUAAUACUUCAAACAAACAAACAAACAAAAAAAUGUGCAUAUACAUAUAAAUAUCAUCAUCAGCUUUUACAUUAUGCCUACAACUAGCUAUUUUCAAUAUCGGGCAAUUCUGGUUUCUUGCAAAUUUGUGCAUCCAGAAAAUCAAAUGGUUCCUCGAUAUUUACAGGGUUGCCAGACGACCGACAAAUGGCUGGCAAUAUCGAUUCAACCGAUUUAUCGGCUUAUAACUAAAUUCUAAUUCUUACCAUUUCCCUAAAAAAACAAAACUAAAACAAAAUAAUGCAUAAUUCAAUCAUUCAAAUCAUGGCCAACGAGCCAAAUUAAAUUAUAAAUAAUCUAAAGAGCGUUUUUUUGCGAAAAAAAACUUCGUUUCAUCUCGUGCAGAUAAGAAAACGUGAAAAAAAAAAAAUAAAUUAAGCCAAAUAAUUUGCAAAAGUUGCAACAUUUUGAAAAUGUAAAACAUUUUUUUUAGUGGUAAGUGUUGAAAAAAGAGACAUUUGAAGACAGUGAGAAAACUAAAGAUAAACAUAAAUCACAUUUAAAAUAAAUAGAAGAAAAGAAAACUAUCUAUAUAUACAUUGUAACAUUGCUUACGAUGCUAAAAAAAUUUGUGUGUGAAUUUAAUCGGCGAUAGUUUGAAAAUGUAUUUUGAUCAAAAGUGUUUGGCACAAUGAUUUUAUGAAACUGAAAAGUCUAAGAGUGCAACAAUAUUUUAAUCAGCUCAGUGUCUGUUAAUGAAAAAAGUAAUCGGUCAAAAACAGAACAUCUAGCAUCAUUUGCUUACAAUAUACCAAAAUCGACCGAAAAUAUGUAGACAAUUUACUGAAGAAAAAAAAACAACAACUAUAAAACAUUUAUCGGUACCGUAAAUAAAAAAAUAAUAAUUGCGGGUAAAACCAUUCAUGUAAAAAAAGAUAUAUAAAAUUAAUUUUAAGUUUAAACAAACAAAAAUCCGUGUGAUGAUGAAAUCGCGGUUAAACCAGGCAAAAAAAUCACAACUAAAAAAAACUCUCUAAUUUAAUAGGAACAUUUAAAAUUAUUUAAAAGAAAGCUACCAAUGGCAACAUAAAAAACGCUUGUAAAAUCUAAAAAUCGAGCACAAAAAUGAUAAAAAGAUAGCAUAUAUACGGGGAAUUUUAUGAUAAAAGUCCAUCAAAUAUUCCCCUCAACGUUGUUGAUCUCAACAUGUGAAUUCAACAAAAAAAAAAAAGUAAAACAAUAGAAAUGAACCACAACACGCAAGUUUUUUUCAUGGCAUGUUGGAGAUAUUGUGGCCCGGACACUCGUAAAUCGUCUGAUCGAUCGAUUGAUCGCUGGAACGGAUUCAACGUGACGAGCCAAAUUCAUCGAAUCAUUCAAAAUUGCUUAGCAAAAAAACAUAUUCAUCGAAUUUAUUGUCCACGCCACACUGAAAAGACUUUACAACUCUGUAGAAAAAAUGUGCAAGAAUUAUCGGGAUAAUUAAUCCACAAAACAUAAGAGUAAAUAGAAUUUAUAGUUUGCCCAAUCAAAUAGAGAAAGAAAAAAUAGAAGUAAAAACGAAUUGAAAUAACUAAAAAUAUAUAUAUAAUACUAUUAUUUAAUUACUACUAUCUAAAAGAAGAAGAAAAUGAUGAUAAAUCAUGAAAUAGCAAUGAGUCUGUAAUCAUUCAAGACUUUAGUUAUGCGUGAAAUUUUACAUGUAAUAGUUACUACUUUUACGGUGUACCAUACAACAACAAAAUGUCAAUAAAAUACCGUGGAUUCAUUUAUUAUGUAAUGCGAUUCAGUAGGAAAAACACACACACACACACACACACACACACGAAAUAUGAAAACAAAAAAUAUUCAAAAAUGAAUGCCGAAGCUAAUCAAUCCAUGAAAGUUUAUGUUUAUGCACGUUCUGUUUUUGUGCACUUAUAAAAGAAUGCAAACAGUCAAUAUUUAACAAACAAACAAACAAAAAUAAUAAAAGAAAAGCAAACACACUCAAUCGUCAGCCCUUAGAUUUUAUUUUUAACAUUUUCAGUUGAUUUAUCUGUUCUCAUUUUAUUAUGUUCAUUAAACGACAAACAAACAAAAAAAAUGAUAUAAAACAUUGUUAUUGCUUCUUAAAAGAGAAAUAUAAGUUGAAUGAACAUUGCACUCAGAGUAGAAAAUCGCAUUAGUAAAAAUGAAUGGGCAACAUUUAUUUUGAAUCCAUGCAAAACGCAAUACACGCUUUCGGCAUAUCAAAAUCGCAGACAUUUGCCAUAGAAAAUGAAGAACAUAGAAAAAAAAAUAUCCACACAAAUAAUAAUGGUGAUGAUAUUAAAAUGGACAUAGAUAUUUUGACAUUUAAUGGAAAGAUAAAAAGAAGAAAGAGACGAAAAUUUUACAAAAAUAAAAGAUUUUUGUGUGAAAUGCCCUCUCUCUUUCUGUGUUUCCAAAUGAAAAAUAAAAAAAAUACAAAGAAGUCUCUCCAGUUCCGCAAUAUCCCAAGUUGUUAUCUAAGAUAAAUAUGAGUGUAAAUUUAACUAUCAAAUGAAACAAAUAUGAACAGAAAAUACAAAUUCUAUGUUUCAUUCUACUAAUUCUGUCUUGAAUCAAUGUAUAAGUCAAAGAAAUAUGAAUUUAAACAUUUUUAUUUUUUUAUA